AUGGAGAACACUGCUACCUUCAAGAUGGUCCUCUGCGGCGACGGUGGAACCACCACCUUCGUGAAGCGACACUUGACUGGUGAAUUCGAGAAGAAGUACAUUGCUACCCUUGGUGUCGAGGUUCACCCCCUUACCUUCCACACCAACUUCGGUACCAUCUGCUUCAAUGUUUGGGACACCGCUGGUCAGGAGAAGUUUGGUGGUUUGCGUGACGGCUACUACAUUCAAGGACAAUGUGGUAUCAUCAUGUUUGACGUGACCUCCCGUAUCACCUACAAGAACGUCCCCAACUGGCACCGAGACCUCGAGCGAGUCUGUGAGAACAUCCCUAUUGUCCUCUGUGGUAACAAGGUCGAUGUUAAGGAGAGGAAGGUCAAGACUGGAAACGUCACUUUCCACCGAAAGAAGAACCUCCAAUAUUUCGAAAUCUCUGCCAAGUCCAACUACAACUUUGAGAAGCCUUUCCUCUGGCUCGCCAGGAAGCUUGUCGGAAACCAGUCGCUUGAGUUCGUCGCCGCCCCCGCCCUCGCCCCCCCUGAGGUCCAGAUCGACCAGGCUCUUAUUGCCAAGUACGAGGAGGAGCUCAAGGCUGCUGCUGCCGCCCCCUUGCCCGAUGAGGUAUGUCAAUGA